AUGGGCAACGCCUCAGACGAAUACGUGCCCGACAUUGCGGCGCUGUCGCUCGCCUCCAAGGCGGUGCACGCUGAUGCUCGCAUCGACGGUCAUCCGGCCAUUGCGCCCGGCCUGCACACCAGCACCACCUUUCGGUAUCCCAACGAUCCCGAGAGGCUGAAGCCCAUUGCAGAGGUCGAUACAACUAAGCCUCUCGACUUCCACAUCUACUCGCGUCACACCAGCCCCAACAUGGCUCGCUUUGAAGCCAUCUUGACGUCCAUUCUGGGCCAGCAGGCCAUCACCUACGGAUCCGGGCUGGCUUCCUUCCACGCCAUGAUCACCCACAUCAACCCCAAGCGCGUUGCCAUUGGAGACGGCUACCACGGCUGCCACGGCAUUCUCAAGAUCUUUGAGCGCCUCAACGGCCUCAAGUCGCUGCCGCUGGAUUGUGACCUCUCGGAGCUGGGACCCGGCGAUAUCAUCCACGUCGAGACGCCCCUGAACCCCACGGGCGAGGCGCGCGACCUCAAAUACUAUGCCGACAGGGCGCACAGCGUAGGAGCGUAUCUGACUGUCGAUGCGACGUUUGCGCCGCCUCCCCUGCUGGAUCCGUUCGCCUGGGGCGCGGACAUUGUGAUGCACAGCGGCACAAAGUACAUUGGAGGACACUCGGACAUGCUGUGCGGCGUCCUGGCAGUCAACCCCAAGCAUGAGACGUGGGUGAGCGACCUGCUCGCCGACAGAUUGCUCCUGGGCUCCGUGAUUGGCAGUCUCGAGGGCUGGCUGGGCAUGCGAUCGCUACGAACCCUGGAGCUGCGCGUCAACCGACAGAGCGCCACGGCCACGGCGCUGGUAUCGUGGCUGGCGGAACAGGCCAAGGACGACAAGACGGCCGCCGGCAAGACGAUUGAGAGGAUCCAGCACGCCAGCCUGCAGCCUGAGGCUGCACAGGAGGGGAGCUGGCUGCGGCAGCAGAUGCCCAACGGCUACGGGCCCGUCUUCGCCAUCACGCUGAAGAACAAGGAGCUGGCUAAGAGGCUUCCGGGGAAGCUGGGACUGUUCCAGCACGCGACGAGCUUGGGAGGCGUGGAGAGUCUGGUUGAGUGGCGGGCCAUGACGGAUAGGACGGUGGAUCAGAGGCUGUUGAGGGUGAGCGUUGGAGUGGAAAGUUUGGAGGACUUGAAGGCGGAUCUGCAGCAGGGACUGGAGGCGUUGCUGAAGGAAGGGCUUGCUUGA